AGAAAAAGCAGUGUGUGACGUCACAGACAAAACGUGGGAGCUGAGAAUAGUGUUGUAUAAACCUUGGUACACAUUGAUACCAAACAUUUUGAAAAAAUCAGGGGACUAGGAAAUUGGGGAUGGUUUAAACGCUAUAAAUAGAAAUAAAGAAUUGUGUGAAACACUUUCGAAAAGCAGUGGACGAGUACUUGUGUUCAAAUUUUAUUUUCAAUCAAGGAAAACACGAAUUUAAUAGAAUACUACCUCAGAUUUCAGUAAAGAUAGAAGAUGGUUAAAGUCGUGUUGGUGACAGUGUUGUUGACAUUAUGUGUGAUAGUGGACUGUUUCCCCCAAAGUAACACAAAAAUACGACAAAAACGAGGAUUCAGACAGAGCAUUGUGGACAGAAUGGGACACGGAUUUGGAAAAAGAGCGAACACAGAUAUAUACGACACGUAUCUCACAAAAACACGAGAUCUAAUGACAGUUGACGAAUUAACGACGAAUAUAUUAAAUAGUGAAGAAUUAGCCAGGGCGGUAGUGAAGAAAUUUAUAGAUCUUGACGGAGAUGGGAUCAUUUCUACCACAGAGCUAUUGCGACCCACUAGCUAAUUGCUAUACCUGAUAUCAAAGGGGGUUACUAAUAGUAAUCUGUUUUAGCAAUACAAUGCAGCUAGACAUUAUAAGCUGACAAAGUCAACAUGCAAAAAACAUAUCUCGCAACAUUGAAAACAUGGACGUAGGAAAAAGCUAGGAAAGUGUGUUAUUUGAUUUUUGUAAAAUUUCAUAUAAUUUAAAUCUGUUAUAAUUACAAUUUAUUCCAUUUUAUUUGUGUCUAAGGACAUUUUAACUUUGACCAAAAUAAUGUUCUUCCUUAUCAUUAAUUGUGAAACAUGUGUUUAGUAAUUGGAGUUGUAAAAUCUCUUUAAUGCGAUAAUACGGUCCCAUUGUCAAUUCGCAUUUCAAAGAGGGUUUCAUAUACAUGUACUUACGUUGAUUAAUUCAUAUUUUGCCAUUCAUAUCGUCUCUGUUAGCUAUGAUGUGUAAUAAACUGCAGAUAAAUGUC